CUAGUGUACAAAUCACACCUACUUCCAGACAGCGUAGGGUUGGGCAGUCAACCAAUGUCCUUGGAAAGCACAACAAAGCACUUGUUCACAGACACAGAACCGUCUCUGCGCGUAGGACGGGACGAAAGAGGGAGCCACCACAACUAAAGCAGGUCACUAAUAAAGAGGUUCAUUUCAACCUCUCUGGUCUGCAGCUUUACGGAUACAAAGUAAACUCGCAAAACGACGGUGUUUUCUGCACUGCGUUAAGCGCCAACAACCGUCAGUUUUUUUUCUUUUACUUUCAGGUCCCUGCCAUCUUUGAGAGAUGUUUGAGAAGCAGCGUUACGACAGCCCUCCCGUCUACAGUCCUCCAUACAGCCCGGAAUCGAAUGGUUACGGCCCCCCACAAAGCUACCACCCGCCCAGGAGUGAGUUUGACCCAUACCCACCCCCACCGGGCUCCUACUACAUGGAAGAGAAGCCCCAACACUUCUACAAGUGGAUCUCUCCUCCUGGCAUCGUCAAGGCCAUGUUUGGCACAAUCAUAGUGCUCUGUGUGGGGAUCUUUGCCUGUGUGGCCUCCACCCUGGUCUGGGACAUGCAGUACGGGAUGGGGGGGAUGGGCUCCUACGGCGGAGGGAUGGGCUACGGUGGCGGUUAUGGGGGAAUGGGCGGCGGCUAUGGCUCCAGCUACGGCUCUGGCUAUGGAGGAGGCUAUGGAGGAGGCUAUGGUAACUAUGGUAACUCCUACCCGACACCUUACUCGGCCAAAAGCACCAUGAUAGCUAUGGCGGCCAUCAACUUCUUUGUGGCGCUGGGAUUCUUCGUGGCCGGUUUCUCUAAAUCGACCACGUUCAGGAGCAGAAAGUUCUUCCUGGUGGUUCUGGUGGUCAGUGUCAUCAUGGCUGUCAUCCAGGGCAUCAUCACCAUUGUGUACAUCGUAGGGGUGAACCCUAUGGCACAGAGCUCUCAGAACAUGAUGUACAACCCUAUGCUGAUGAUGUGCCAGAACCUGUACGGAAGCAGCUAUUCUAACAUGGGUGGAGUGGGCGGUUUCGGCAUGUAUAACCAGUACCUCUAUCACUACUGCUACGUGGACCCACAAGAGGGUGUAGCCAUGGUGUGUGGCUUCCUGGUUACCGCUGCCUUGGUCGUGGCUGCUUUCUUCUCCCACAAAACCAGAGGCAAGAUCUGGCGCUACGGCAAGCCCAACAUCUACUGGGAACAGCCCCCUGAGACUGGAGGACUAGUUUCUGAAGGCAGAGAUGUGAAGGACUGGGUGAACAAUGUAGAGGACGGACAAAGUACCCAGGGUGCACCUACCGUGGUGCUGUCAGAGAAGUCCGUCCCCCUCAAUGCCUCAGCCAAUAGCAUCAUCUCCUACCCGACCAAGGCUGACAGCAGGGUGUACACUGGAGACACCUACAAUGAUGACGUGUAUUCGGAGCAUCUGGCUAGCCGUCCCUCGGACCAGCCCUCCCAGGGGGCCAGUUCCAGCCCCUCUGAGGAGGCAGGGGGGGUCAGGAAGCCCUCUGCCAACAGGGGGAAGAGGCGCCGGCGCAACCCUGAGCUGGAUGAAUCACAGUACGAAACAGAGUACACCACGGGAGGAGAGACUGGCAACGAACUGGACCCAGAGGAGUGGGAGAGCGUCUACCCAGAGAUAACGUCAGACGGCCAGCGUCAAGAGUACAAGAGGGAGUUUGAUGCCGACCUGAGGAAGUACAAACACCUGUGUGCUGAGAUGGAUGACAUCAGUGACCAGAUGAACAAACUCAGCAGGCAGCUGGACACACUGGACGAGACCUCCGCCCAGUACCAGGUUGUGGCAGAGGAAUAUAAUCGACUGAAAGACGUUAAGAGGACACCAGACUACCAGGCUAAGAAGCUGGAGUGUCGCAAGUUGAGACACAAACUGUUCCAUAUCAAACGUGUGGUCAAGGCCUACGACAAGAGCCUUUCUUAAAGCCACGCUCUCCCUCCAACCCUAUCCACCCCCUCCUCUGUCGUCAUGACAACACCACACUCCUGGACUAAGAAUAUGCAGAACUCUAAGAAUAUGCAGAACACUAAGAAUAUGCAGAACACAAAGAAUAUGCAGAACACUAAGAAUAUGCAGAACAUAAAGAAUAUGCAGAACACUAAGAAUAUGCAGAACACUAAGAAUAUGCAGAACACUAAGAAUAUGCAGAACACUAAGAAUAUGCAGAACACUAAGAAUAUGCAGAACACUAAGAAUAUGCAGAAUGUUGAAAACCAAAGCUCCCUUCUUGGCAUUUACACACACACACACACACACACACACACACACACACACACACACACACUAAUGACAUGGUUAUGUGAUUCCUUCUGCCUGGAUUAAUUUCAGACCAGUUCUCUACUCUGUGUGGAUUGCUUCACAGACACUAUCGUACACUGUGGGGUUGAAAGACUAUAUUCAUAAUACUUCACACAGUAACACAACACUAGCACUGCCAUAUUCCUAACUGUGCCUAGUAAGUAACAUUGUUGUACAUGCUUGCCUUGAAACACUGCAGCCUCUUUGACUGGAUGGGUGUGGUUAUAAAAGGUUACUUCAAUGUCGUUUCACCUGAGGUGGUCUGUGAUAAAGGCAUUGGGCCUUUGCUGGUUCCUGUUUGCAUUGUUUUAUCUCCACAGAUAAGGCAGUAUCACUGAGCGUAGAAAAGGGCGAGUCAUGCACCAAACCUACUAGAACAAACCCGUGCUGUGUGCUUCAAGCACUCCACAAAAGAAAGCUAAAAUACCCACUGUUUUCUCUUACAAAGGACUGAAUUCUACCUUAUAUUAUGACAGUUGGAGGACCUGCAGUAUGUGAACACUCUGAGCUGCGUUCGCAAAUUCGGUCUGGCUAUCUACCCCGAUUUCAGAGCACUCUAGUCUGAGUGUGCCAGAGCGUAAGUAACUGACUCCAGUUGAACAUGGCUGGUGUCAGUAAACGUCGGUAAAAAAAAAGCGUAAUUCAAUUGUUGCCAGCAGCACAGUUACAGUCACCAACGCACUGGGUAACAUGAAAACAGUCCAAACAGCUCUGCUAGGGUGAGUAAAAUGGUCAGAGUGAGGUGUUCUCUCAUUUGUGUCUGGAAGUAGCUAGCCAACGUUAGCCAGUUAGCUUGGGAUCUUGACUGCCAUUGGGAGGUCAGACCUCUGAACGCUCCGACGAGAGCGAAACGCUCAGAAUGUACGAACUGACAAUCUGACAACACCGCACUCUGAACAUACUCUGGCAUUCCAGAUUGAAUUUACGAACACACCCUCUGUUGUGUAUUGCCAUGACAACCUCAAUGUUAUGUUUCAGAAAAGUAGGGCUGUGUUAGCAACAUUGUCAGUGAAAUUAGUAUUGUACUGUGUCUGCAGAUAAUUUCCAAUAUCACCAUCUAGACUUCUUCUAAAUCUGUUGUCCAUUGUGAUUAACUGUAUAUUUUGUAUAUAUUUUGGAGUUAACAGGAUUUAAAUGGUGAAGUAUUUACAAAUAACACAGAAUCAAGAGGAACAAAACGCUUUGUAUUUGUCCUAUGCAUUCUUCAUGUUAGGAGCCGUCUAUCUGAAUUCAUGCCAUGUUAACGUGACAGUCAGAACUAGGAAACGCUGACAUUUCCGACUUGCUAACUGGUUGAACGCGGCACGUCUAUAACUACAACCAGUUAGCAAGUCGGACAUUUCUGAGUUUCUUAGUUCCGAUUAGAACGUGAACGCGGCAAUAUGGUGACAUCUUGGUCAUUUUGUACUUACUGAAGAGACAAAUGAACUGUUGUCCAGGGUGUUUUCUCAGUGGUCAUUCACAAUGCACUGAUGCUAUGCACAUAUUAACCAAUGACAGGGGCAGUAUUUUAUGAACAAUAUUUGUCUCAUGUGCUCUUUAAACACUAUGGGAAGCAUGCAUCAAUGUGGUAAAUGUGUCAAUAAGCUCAACUUGGUUUUGAUUUGAUUUCUCUGCUGUGAUAUAAUGAUUACCUGUUGAUUAUUAUGUUUUGUUGUCACUGAUCUGCUAACACACACCUUCUGCAAGGUAAUGCUUCUCAAUGUCAGUUAGAAAAUUAUUUACAGCUAUUUGGAUUAUUUGUAAUUCAUUUGUAAUUCAUUUGUAUUUUCUGUGCUUGAACUGAUGAGUUUUACGAAGAACAGAUUUUUGUCUUCCCCCUUUUUUGAGUCCUUUAUUUUAUAUGAAUUUAUUUCCUUUCAUGUUACUGUAAAAUCUCUUGUAAAAAAGGCAUCAUUUCUAAAACGUAUUGAUUGCCAUGAAAAAAAUAAACUUCUGUAAUUCUUUAA